AUGAUGUACACACUCCUCCACACCGAUCUCCGCUUCGGCGUCAUCUACACCGACGCCGUCACCGGCACCGCCGAGGUCGGCUGCGUCGGCGAGGUCAUCAAGCACGAGCGUCUCGUCGAUGACCGAUUCUUCCUGAUCUGUAAAGGUCAGGAGCGGUUCCGUGUCACCAAGCUCGUCCGGACCAAACCCUACCUGGUCGCUCAGGUCACAUGGCUCGAGGAUAGACCUUCACCUGACGCGGACCUUGACCUGGAUGGGUUGGCGAGCGAGGUGGAGACGUAUAUGAAGGAUGUGAUUCAGUUAUCGAAUCGGUUGGGUGGGAAACCAGAGAAGGAGGUUGGGGAUUUGAGGAGGAAACUAGAGAAGAGGAGAGAAGAUAAGAGGGAGAGAAGAUUACCUUUGAUGGCCGAUGGAGGCGACGCAAAAGAGCUGUUGGAGGCGGCGACGACUUCUACAGAGGGGGGUUGA